GUAAAGUUUUCGCAGCGCGCGCGAAAUAGACGUGCUCGUCCCGCGUUUGUGCAGGAGUGCUGUAUCAUUUAUAUAGGUUUGUUUUGGGCAUCCAGCUGAUCGACAUGGGAAUUCACGGCCUUGCCAAGUUAAUAGCUGAUCAGGCGCCAACAGCCAUCAAGGAGCAGGAUAUUAAAAAUUACUUCGGACGCAAGAUUGCCAUCGAUGCCUCCAUGUGCAUUUACCAGUUUCUGAUCGCAGUCAGACAAGACGGGAACGUUUUACAAAAUGAAGAUGGAGAGACAACAAGCCACCUCAUGGGCAUGUUCUACAGGACCAUCCGAAUGCUGGACAGUGGCAUCAAGCCCGUGUAUGUGUUUGACGGGAAGCCGCCUCAGCUCAAGUCCGGAGAGUUGGAGAAAAGAGGAGAGAGGAGAGCAGAGGCUGAAAAGCUGCUAGCACAAGCACAGGAAUUGGGUGAACAGGAGAACAUUGACAAGUUCAGCAGACGUCUUGUAAAAGUCACCAAGCAACAUAAUGAUGAGUGUAAGAAGCUCCUUACGCUGAUGGGAGUGCCCUACAUAGAGGCUCCAUGCGAGGCCGAGGCCAGCUGUGCGGCUCUGGUGAAGGCAGGGAAGGUGUACGCCACGGCAACUGAAGAUAUGGACGGGUUAACCUUUGGAACAACCGUCCUGCUGAGACACUUAACCUCUAGCGAAGCCAAGAAACUUCCGAUCCAGGAGUUUCAUUUCAGCCGCAUUCUGCAGGAAAUGAACAUGUCACAUCAACAGUUCAUCGAUUUGUGUAUCCUCCUCGGCUGUGACUACUGUGGCACAAUCAAAGGAAUUGGACCCAAGAGAGCAAUUGACCUCAUCAAACAACAUGGUUCAAUAGAGGAAAUCCUGGACAACAUUGACCAGUCUAAACACCCUGCCCCAGAAGACUGGCUUUUUAAAGAGGCUCGAACCCUGUUUCUGGAGCCUGAGGUAGUGGACUGUUCCACUGUCGAUCUCAAGUGGAACGAACCUGACGAGGAGGGACUCAUCCAGUUUAUGUGCAGCGAGAAGCAGUUCAGUGAGGAGCGUAUCCGUAACGGCUGUAAGAAAAUCAUGAAGAGCCGACAGGGGAGCACUCAAGGACGCCUGGACACAUUCUUCACCGUCACAGGAUCCAUCUCUUCUAAACGCAAGGAGCCUGAAGCAAAAGGCUCAGCCAAGAAGAAACAGAAGACAGGUGCAACACCAGGCAAAUUCAAGAAGGGCAAAUGAAGCCGUCUAAAGUGAACGCAUGGGACUAUGAGGAGCCGGGGACCGGUGAACACGCUUUGACUGCGUCCUUGUGCUUCCUGUGGGGUUUUCAUAUUGAAAAGUCACCUGGAAAAACAAAAGCAGUUACUGAAAAACUUGUCGAUGUGAACGUGUUCUAAUUUGAAUUAAAUAAAGAAGCUUUUCUAAA